AUGGCACUAACUACAAAACACAUUGACGUAAAUUAUGAAGCAGAACUCGAAACGAUAAAAAAUUUUCUUGAAAAGUUCAAGUCGGCAAAACCAAGGAUUGAAGUUGAAGAAGAUUCUAUGGAUAUAGACCUUUAUGGCAUCGAAGGGCCUCCCGAAGAAUUUUCCUUUAAGUAUAUGGAACAACUCCAAAAAAUUGCGAAUCGCGAGCAAGAUUCAUUGAUAAUAGAACUCGAUGAUGUGUCUUCAUUUAUUAACAGAGAAAACAACGAUUUAGUUGGAAGAAUAAUAAGGAAUGCAAAACAUUACAUUGACGUAUCCCUUCGUGCAACUGAUGCGUUAAUGCCAGCACCAACAAAAGAGAUCAGCUACACGGAUGAUGUUCUAGAUGUUCUGAUGGCAAAAAGGAAAGAGAGAGAGCAACAAAAAAGUGCACAAGCCGUCUCAUUCCCACCAGGUUUGACCAGGCGACACGACAUCUAUCUCAAACCAUUAUCAACAUUGAAUAUUUCUCCUUUGGCUGUACGUGAAGUGACUGGUGGAUAUUUAGGCCAUCUGGUCACUAUACGAGGGAUUAUUACGCGUGUUUCCGAUGUGAAGCCAUUCUUGCUUAUCAACACAUAUGCUUGCGAUAUAUGUGGAGACGAAGUUUUUCAAGAAAUCACCAAAAAGAGCUUUAUGCCGUUGAUUGAUUGUCCAUCGGCUCAAUGUAAACUUAACAAAGUACCUGGAAAGUUAGUCAUGGAAACCCGAGCCAGCAAAUUUUUGCCAUUUCAAGAAGUGAAAUUACAAGAAGAGACCAAUCAAGUACCAGUUGGGCAUAUUCCGAGAACGAUGACCAUUCAUUUGUAUGGCAGUAUGACAAGGACUUUAAAUCCCGGUGAUAGAGUGGAUGUAGCUGGAAUCUACUUGCCUACUCCUUAUACUGGUUUUAAGGCAAUACGUGCCGGUCUAUUAACUGACACUUAUCUUGAAGCACAAUAUGUCGGACAACUUAAAAAACAAUACGACAAAAUGGAAAAAACUCCUGAAAUCGAAAGAAAGAUCCAGGAGUUAAGUAAAGAUCCAAAUAUUUACACACGACUGGCACAAAGUAUUGCACCAGAAAUAUUUGGACACGAGGAUGUAAAAAAGGCUUUGCUAUUAUUGCUCGUGGGUGGAGUUACGAAAACAACAGGGGAUGGAAUGAAAAUUCGUGGUGAUCUCAAUGUUUGCUUGAUGGGAGACCCGGGUGUAGCCAAAUCGCAACUAUUGAAAUUUAUUUCAAAAGUUGCGCCUCGUGGAGUGUACACUACUGGUCGAGGUAGUUCAGGUGUCGGUCUUACAGCAGCUGUUAUGCGUGAUCCCGUAACUGAUGAAAUGGUUCUAGAUACUGAUCGUACCGCUAUUCACGAAGUAAUGGAGCAACAAACUAUAAGUAUUAGCAAAGCUGGAAUAACUACUACACUAAACGCACGUACAUCAAUCCUUGCUGCAGCCAAUCCUUUAUAUGGUCGAUAUAAUCCAAAAAUCUCACCAGUACAAAAUAUUAAUCUACCAGCGGCUCUACUUUCACGUUUUGAUGUUCUAUUUUUAAUAUUGGACUCACCCAGCUUGACAGGUGAUACUGAAUUGGCCCAGCAUGUGGUCCACGUUCACACUCAUGAGAAUCAUCCUUCGUUAGAUUUUGAACCACUCGAAGGUCAAAUGAUUAGAUAUUACGUUGCAGAAGCUCGUUCGAAACGACCAGUUGUAUCUAAAGAUGUAUCCGACUAUAUCGUCGAUUCCUACGUAAGACUUAGACAAAACCAAGUAGAGGAUACAGCACGCAAACGCGAAUUUACCUAUACCAGCGCGCGUACACUCUUAGCAGUUCUGCGAAUGUCACAAGCUUUAGCUCGAAUUCGCCUCAGCGACGUUGUAAUACAGAAUGAUGUGGACGAAGCUUUAAGGCUAAUCGAUGUCUCCAAAGCUUCCCUUAACGUAGAAAGAGAAGUUGUUGAUGGCGAUACUUCAAUUAGCACAAGGAUUUAUGAGCUUAUUCGUGAAAUGUAUAAUCGAUUACCUGAAAAUGAAGGUGAAGAUGAUUCCUUGAGACAACUUAAGAUUGUUGAUAUACGAGAUCGGGCGUAUGCCAAAGGAUUCACAAGUGACCAGUUGCAAGAAUGCUUUGAUGAAUAUUCGAAUUUGAAUGUAUGGAUGAUUGAUAACAAUCGACGUUAUUUAACAAUGGCUUAUUAA